AUGGCUACUCGAGUUUAUAUUGGUCGUCUAUCGUAUCGUGCGUCUGAACGUGACAUCGAACACUUCUUUCGUGGAUACGGACGUAUUCGUGACAUUGUACUGAAGAACGGUUUUGGGUUUGUGGAGUUUGAUGAACCGCGUGAUGCUGAUGACGCGGUGUACGAUCUCAAUGGAAAGGAAUUGGCUGGAGAGCGUGUGAUGUUGGAGUUCUCGAAGCGUGGUCCUCGAGCCGGUGGUGGUGGUCGUGGUUUCGAUCGUUAUCCUCCCCCAAGGCGAGAUGCCAGUUCUAGAUAUGGUCCUCCAACACAGACUCGUCACCGUAUGAUCGUCGAAAACCUGUCGACACGUAUCUCCUGGCAGGAUCUCAAAGAUUUGAUGCGCAAAGCUGGUUGCGAAGUUACGUUCGCUGAUGCCCACAAAAAUGAAAGAAAUGAGGGGGUUGUGUGUUUUGCUACUCGUGAAGAUUUGGAGCGUGCUUUGGACAAGCUUCAAGGUGAAGAUGUGAACGGUCGCAAGCUGAAGCUAAUUGAUGAUUCUGAGAAGCGCAGCCGUAGCCGAUCUCGUGAUAGAAAGCGCUCGAGGAGCCAUAGCCGCAGUCGUUCUGGUUCGAGGUCGCGAAGCCGUUCGCGCUCAAGAAGCCGUAGCAGGUCUCGCUCACGCUCGCGCUCUCGCACUCGCUCGCGUAGUGCUUCUCCUAAGAAGAACGGCAAUGAUGACGAUCACAGCAAGUCUAAGUCUAGAUCGAGAAGCCACUCUCGUGAAGGAUCCAACCGUUCAGCUUCCCCUGCAGCCAACGGUGAUGCAGAUAUGCGAUCCCGAUCCAGAUCGCAUAGCCCUAGUCCCCCAAAUGAUGAUUAG